AUGCCGGAGAUAAAGAAUUUUAAUUUCUUAAAGUUAUUUGAUGAGAAAAUAACGCAGUACAAUGUCUACAAAGUGGAAACUAUAGGCGACGCAUACAUGGCAGUGUCUGGCUUGCCUCAACGAAACGGAAAUAAACACGCAUCAGAAAUAGCGGACAUGUCCCUCUCGCUAAUGCGGAGCCUGGACGGGGCGACAGUCCCCCAUUGCCCCGGCGAAGCGCUGAAGAUACGCGCCGGCGUCAACACGGGGCCCUGCGUGGCGGGUGUGGUUGGGACUUGCAUGCCGCGCUACUGCCUAUUUGGUGAUACUAUUAAUACGGCAAGUCGUAUGGAAAGUACGGGGGAAGAAUUGACCACAUCAUCAUCAUCAUCAUCAUUGGCCACAUCAUCUGUUGUAGAUGCUUGUUGCGGCGCUUGUGGGUUUAUGGGGUCCCGCAUCGCCGUUGAUGGCUAUAAACUCCAGUAA